UCCAUUUGCAUGCAUCACUGAAUCAACAAACCAAUCGAUCAAUCAGCAGUUAAAGCUUCGGUAUGGCUUCAAAGUCCUUGGCAUCCACCGCUCUCCUCCUCUCCCUCAACCUCCUCUUCUUCACUCUCGUCAGCUCCCAACCCGCACCGCCGCCAACUACGCCCGCUCCCUCGCCGGCCGGCGGUUGCCCCCAACUGGGUGUCUGCGUCAAGUUACUGGACGAGCUCGUGGGGAUCUUCGUUGGGAAACCCCCAAACAACCAAUGCUGCAGCCUCAUCCCCGGCGUGCUUGAUCUGCAAGCCGCCGUCUGCCUUUGCGCCGCAAUUAGGGUCCAUGCCCUGGAGAUUCUUCAUAUCAGCGUUGAUCUUGCCGUGCGCUUGAUAGUCAAUCACUGCGGCAGCACCACCCCACCUGGCUUCCGAUGCCCUCGAGCUUAAAGAACCGCGUGCCAUCACUCUUCACUCUGCGCUCCUCACUUGUUCAACUGCUACUUAAUCUAAUUUCCAUAAAUUAUCGUCUUCUCAUGAGAUGUGCUGAUUAAGGACAGAGAACUACUUUCCUUAGUUAUUUACAUCCUCUAUCAAUAAAAUAUACUUCCUACUUUAAUAAACUCUUUCGGCAUUCCUAUUCCAACA